UGCAAAACAUUCCACAAGGUACAUAUGGUAACAUAGUCUCACUUUCCAAUGGGAACAAGAUAGUUCGUUGGAAAUUCAAUUAUUCAGCUUGGCAUCUUUUUGGAAAUAUGUUGGAAUCUUUUCCUGUGACACAGAUUGACAAGUCAGAAUCUAUUUCAUCGUCAUCAGGGGAUACUAUUAUUUCUAGAAUUAGAGAUAUCUUGCAACUUUUACAAACCAUUUUAACAUAUGCACCAAAUUUAGUCAAACCAUUUAUCGAACAUUUAGAAGCACGCGAAGAAAUUAUUAAAUAUUAUGCUGACUUUCCAUCAAUUAUCUUUGCUGUGAUUAAACAUAGUUUUCGUCUUUUGAAUAAAAUGAAUCAUGAUGAAAUAGAAUUAAUUGCUUGUUGUUUAAGAUGUUUGAGAGCUUUGUUACCUCAUUUUGGUAAUGAAAUUUGUUCAUACCUUAAACAAUCAAAGCUUUUACCAGAAAUAGUGACAACUGGCGGAACUAUUAACUAUACUCAAUCAAUUGAUCAAUUACAAUAUCUGCUAAUGGAACGUGAAUGCAUUUUUGGCAAUUACCCAGUGACACUCGCAUUUUUAGAUCUAGUAAUUCGUAUCUUGGGUAACAUUGAGCAGGUCCCGGAUACGGAGA